CCGGUGCGUCCCCGCCCGCUCCAUGACGUAGCCUCGCCUAUAAAGCGGAGGCAGCCGCGUUCAGUCGGAUAUACCAGAUGGAGACAGCUGGAGGAGGCAGGCAAGUCUUCACCCACCCGACGCACUACUGAAGCAAAGAAAGGCGAACCGGACAGAGCCAGAGACACAGAGAGUGAGGAUAUUUAUUCACGAGCGUGUCGUUUCUGCCUCCGCGUUUAAUGGAUACCGGUUGUUUCACCGCGACGCAGCGUAUUUCGUGCCACGCCAUGAACGCGGAUUUAUUUAAGCCUGCUCCGGAGCGCGGAGCCCAGCAGUCCUCUGCGCCGGUGAAAACCAGCAGGAAUAAGCCAGAACAAAUCAAACCAGAGCUGGCCCAGGUGGUGACAGACCCCAAGACCGGGAGAUCCUACAGUAAAGGGAAGCUGUUGGGAAAGGGUGGCUUUGCUCGAUGCUACGAGAUGACAGACCUCACCACCAACAAAAUGUAUGCCGUCAAGGUGAUUCCACAGAGCAGGGUGUCCAAACCUCACCAGAGAGACAAGAUCACGAAUGAGAUUGAACUGCACAAAACCCUGUCUCACAAGCAUGUGGUAAAAUUUUCUCAUCACUUUGAAGACCAAGAAAACAUCUACAUAUUCCUCGAGCUCUGCAGUCGGAAGUCGCUGGCACACAUUUGGAAGGCCAGACACACGCUCACGGAGCCAGAAGUGCGAUAUUACCUGAGACAGAUCAUAUCUGGCCUCAAGUACCUCCACAACAGAGGCAUCCUGCACAGAGAUCUCAAACUAGGCAACUUCUUUGUCAACGAGAACAUGGAACUACGGCUGGGAGACUUUGGCCUCGCUGCCAAACUGGAAACGGUCGAGCAGAGGAAAAAAACAAUUUGUGGGACUCCGAACUAUUUGGCCCCUGAGGUGCUCAACAGACAGGGCCAUGGCACGGAGUCGGAUGUUUGGUCUCUUGGAUGUGUAAUGUACACGCUGAUGUGUGGCAGCCCUCCUUUUGAGACUCUUGACCUCAAGGAGACCUACAAGUGCAUAAAAGAAGUUCGGUACAACCUGCCCUCCACACUUUCACCCGCGGCACAGAAACUCAUCUCGGGCAUCCUGCAGAAAAACCCCAACGACAGACUCUCACUGGAUCAGAUUCUCAACCACGACUUCUUCACCAAAGGUUAUACUCCUGACAAGCUUCCUCCCAACAGCUGUGUGAUGGUGCCAGAGCUCCACCCCCCAAGCCCUGCCAAGAAAUUCUUUGCUAAAAUGGCCAAGAGCUUCUUUGGCAAGAAGAAGGCAAAAGUAGAGAAGAUUCCAUGUGAGGAAAAAGAUGACAAAGACAUUUCCAAGCUGGUGUCCGGCAUCGUUAAAUGUUCAAUCAACCGCCAGAUCAGUUACAAGACCGUUGGACCCAAUGAGGUGCCCUCUCCCACCGGUCAGCUGGUCAGCUCUGUGCCUCUGGAACAGACUCCUGCUGAGGAAGAGUCCAGGAAAUCCCUCUCUCGCUCCUUCAAGGGCACCAUGGCCAGCAGCACUGAACCUUGUGAAGACGUAUUGACCCCUGCAGCCGUUGCUGAAUCGACCAUGAAAGUCCUCAAAGGCUGCCUGGCCACAAUGCCUGCAGGCACCAGAAACCCACCCUGUUUGUCCAAACCGCAGUCCUUCCUGUGGGUCACCAAAUGGGUCGACUACUCCAACAAAUACGGGUUUGGCUACCAGCUGUCAAACAAAAGUAUCGGCGUGCUCUUCAAUGAGGGAACACAUCUCAGUCUUUGUGACCAACGCAAGACUGUCCACUACUGCCUGAACAACAACAAACACUUCAGCUUUGCUGCAAACUCUCUACCUGAGCAACUCCGCAGCCAGAAACAGAUUGUCGAGCUAAUGGCCAACUACAUGGAGGAAAACCUCAUGGAGGGCGGAGAUCUAAACUGUGACGGACAGGCCUCGUGUGCUCCUCCUCUGCUGCUCCAGUGGGUGAAGACGGACCACGCUCUCGUAAUGCUCUUCAACAAUGGCACUCUUCAGGUCAACUUCUACACCGACCACACCAAGAUCAUCCUGUGCAAGUCCUCGGAUGACUCCUAUUUGCUCACCUACAUUACCCGGGAGCGCGUCUCGUACACUUACCUCCUCAGCAUGCUGAACGAGAUGGGCUGCUCUCCUGAGCUACGACACCGACUACGAUACGUGGUGCAGCUGCUUCAACACCAUGCUGAUGCCUGAGAGCACACCUCGACUGAUGCCUCUAGCUGGUUGACCCUUUUUGGGGGGGCUCCCUGACUGGUUGGUAUCGAUUCUCAAAGCAAUGCUGGGAGGGCCCUGACACCACUUGGGAUGGAUGCUCCGAUCCUGAACAAUAUUCUUGUCUUAACUAGUGCUUGAGCUGCGGAUGAUCAAAAGUAUUGACCUCGAUUAACGUCGUGCAGUCAGGACGUUGCCCAAUGCAGCAUCUGCCUCAAGGGUUUGUGCCUGUACAGCUUUUGCCUCAAAAGGUAUCCACCUGGAAGGUUUUGAUACUCACAAUAAGAGACUCCUAAAUGGCCUGACAUUAUGGAUUCCUUCGGGCAGAUGCCCUAAAAUGAACACCCAAACUCGCAAUUACCUUCCCUCACUCUUUCGACACCACUGCUUCUUGGCUGGAUCCUGCAGCUUUCAACUUCCCAUGAAUAGAACCGGUUAACCCAGGCAUGGUUUCUCAAAUGUAUGUAAAGCUGUCAAAGUGCUUGCAACGGAAAUGUGGAUAAUCUUGCAGCUGGAAUGCUUUCAGGCUCAAUUUCCUCAAGGUAUUUUAGCAACAAGGUCAUCUCUGCCGUUGAUUGCACUGGACCUGUGAUCUUACAGUGGAGAUGCUUUGAGAAGAAGUGUGGUUUGAUUGGGAGGUGGAAGAGGAAGAGAGAGAGAGACCCUCCUACCCUCAGUUGGUUUCUGGCCUCGUUGGACUAGGGUGCACACAUUCGUUUUUGAAACAAAUCAUAUGAGCCAGCUAUAGGAUCACACUACAAUCUUGACCUCACAUGCACAAAUAACAUUCCUGGCCUUAUUUGGUGAUGCUUGGAGAGUCAUUCCUUCUGCUCCAACAUUGCUUUUGUCUUGUUCUUAGAUAAUUCACUGACAUGGUACAUGGUAAAUUAAAUGGGCUAUGGGAGCAACACAAUUUUGCACUUUUUUUUUUUUUUCUUUUGUUGAAAAUUCAUCUGGAAAGCAAAUUCUUUUUACUACCACUUUUAUUUGUUUUUAAUGAGAUACCAAAAGGCAUUUUCUUUGUUGGUUGUUUUUUUUAAAAAAAAGUUUUAAUUGCACGUACAGUAGGUGAAUGUGUCUGUGCCACAUGCUGGUAAACAAUGCUGUUGGAAUAGGAGGGGGGAGGGGGAUAAAAAGUGCCUUUCUGAGGGAUGUCUGUUUGGUGCAAUAGCAACCCUUGGUGAAUGUCAAGCUG